GACUAAAGAUUUCAUGAAUGAAUUACCAUUAUGUACACAUAUUAUUAUAUGCCUAGAUAAUUUUUAAAACGUUUGCUUUUGAAUUUCAAGAAAACUUCAAAUAUAUUUUGUCCCUUCAUGCCUAGGCUGAGGCAAAUAAGACCUCCUAACGCGAUUCACGAUAUGUAUGGUUGGAGUAAAAUAAUUUUUUCUUAAUUAUUUGUAUACACAUCGAUUGAUACAUUAUAUUUCCAAGAUAUUUUCUUCCAUUGGACGUAUGUUCUUGAUAAUAAAUUAUGACAUUAUGCACCAAUAUGGGUUUUGGUGCAGUGGAUGGGGCUGCUCCACCCUUAAUCAGAGGUCGAAGUUCAACUCUGGGUAUGGAAAAAACUUUGUUGGGAGCGCUAACCCCGGAUGGGGUCCUAUUCGGUGCUAAUCCGAAUUAGUAGGACUCCAAUACGACUAUCGGACACCGGAUGAAAACCAACAAAAAAAUAAAUGAUUACAUUAUGCAUACGCUUGCUGAUAAGCUGCCAAUAUUUUACUAAGAAAUAGUAGUUAGUUGCCUUCUUAUCUUUUUCAUUUCUUUUCUUUUUUUGUAGGGUAGGGGGUGGUGUCUGUGUGGGGUAGGUGGGUGAGUGUUCGUUUUACAUCUAUUCUAUUUAUUUAUCUACUUGCAGGGAAGUUUCUGAAGGACUAAACACAGAAAAACAAAUGGAUCUUAAGCUUGGUUUUUGUAUUCUCUCCCUAAAUCUCCUAAUUCUGCUGGUUGCUUAUGGAACAGAAGCUAGGAAAAUGCUUGAAGGGAACCUACAGGGCAAAAGAUUGAACCUCCCAAUUCCAGAUGAUGUACAAAAGACUUGUAUAUACAAUAACCAAGGAGAAAAAGCUCAGCAAGGCAAUACGGUUCAUUUAUCAUCGCAUAGUAUGGUUCUUGAAGAAAAGGUUGAUAAUUAUAUAAGGAUGUACAAUAACCAAGAAGAAAAUACUCAGCAAACUAUACAAGAAGUGAGCGAUAAACAAGGAGCAAACAAUUAUCAGCAAGCAAAAAAAGAGAAUGCACAUCUUUUGAUUAAUGACAAACAAGGAGAAAAUAAGCAUCAGCAAGCAACAACUGAGAAGACACAUAUCCAUUCAUCAUCCCAUAUGGAUCAUAUAGAUCCUUCUCUAAGAGUUUUCUUCCUUAUGGAUGAUCUAAAACAAGGGAAAGUAGUGACUGUUUCUUUCCCGAGAAGGGAUCUUUCUUCUUCUCAGAGUUUCUUGCUCAGAGAAGAAGCCGAUUCCAUUCCAUUUUCACGAAAGGAACUCCCUAACCUCCUUCAGCGUUUCUCAUUCUCUCGAAACUCCCCACAGGGGAAAGCAAUGGAAGACACACUGAGAGAAUGUGAAGCCCCACCUAUAACGGGAGAGACAAAGUACUGUGCCACAUCUGUAGAGGCAAUGCUUGAUUUUGUUCAAGGAAUCAUGGGAGAAAAAAAACAAUUCAAAGCUCUGUCGACUAUUCAUUUCUCAAACUCAACUCCCCCGCUUCAGAAGUAUACUAUUUUGGAUGCUCCACAAGAAGUAGCAGCUCCCAAGAUGGUGGCAUGUCAUACCAUGCCUUAUGCUUAUCCGAUUUUUUACUGUCAUCACACAAUUAGCAAGAGCAAGGUGUUCAAGGUUUCAUUAGGUGGUGAAAAUGAUGAUAGAGUGGAAGCAAUUGCGGUUUGUCAUUUGGAUACCUCUGACUGGAGUCCAUCUCAUGCCUCUUUUCGAUUGCUCGGAGUAUUACUAGGAACGUGCCCUAUCUGUCACUUUUUUCCAUCAGAUCAUCUAGUGUGGGUUCCAAAAAUCGACACUGCACAAGUGAUUUGAACGAACAGUCUCUGCUGUUGUAGCAUGUAUGUGUACUAGUUUCUUGUAUCCUUUCUGUUCCAGUGUACCUCUUGUUUAACUUUCUUUCUAGUAGUGAGAUCUUAAGAAAACAAUAAGAAUUUCUGGCAA